AUGGCUGAAUUCCUGGAAAAAGGGUCAGAACCAGUUUUCGACAUUUUGGACGACAAGUUAUCGUUGAAUACACCAGUAUUAGGAGAUGAAGUUGUUGCAGUUGCGCAAGCGGCUACGCUCGAAGUGGCGGUUGCGAUCGUGUCGGGACCCUCGGUUGCGUCAAUAGGUCUGCAGCUACGAGCAAGGGAACCAGCGUCACUUCGAGCGCAGUCGCUCACCCAAAUGCACAGGACAUCGGGUUGUUCUGAUCCGAAUGUACAUAGAUAA